GUUUGGGAGGACAGAGGGAAGUCCUGUCGUUCCCCUAAAUAAGAAGCUCUACUUUGAGCACAUCCCCUUCCAUUCUGAAUUUCACAUUCCACGCGUCAAGGUCGUGCUGCCCAACGCUCCCCCCGGACCGGGGGUCACUCAUCACCCCAGAUCCUUGAGUAACUAAAGCACAAGGAGAGGACAGGGACCUGCCUCUGCCUGCUGGUAGCACAGUGGGAGGUAAUGUUCUGGGUCCGUGUUCCUUCAGCUUGUGUCAGAUCCAGAAACGCCUCAAACGGAUGUAAUUUGAGCCACUUAAGGUUUCACAGGAUGUCUGACGGCCACAAGUGGUGCAUGGAGCUGAGGUGGAGGAAAUGAGCCUGGAUUGGUGUUUACAGCUGCCUCCUGCUGUCGCCCUGAGGAUCGGCCCGUCCCGUCCCGUCCCGUCCCGUCCCGUCCCGUCCUGUCCCAGCCUGCUCUGCUGCUUUGUCUUCUCACCUGCUGCCUUGGUUCUGGUGCUCCGUGCCCUCGGUGGCCACCGGGGGCAGCGUGGAGCAGCCUCUGCCUCGUGCUCUGCUCUGAGGCCGUGACCGUCUGCCGCGCUCACGUCAGACGCCUGAGUGACUUCCUCAUCAUCGUCUUCAUCAGCAGCUAUAAUCAUUCACAAAAACCAGCUCUUUAUCAGAUCUGGUGCCAGAGAUACAGUAACUAAUCAUUCAUCUCAUCAGAGAUGAAUGAAUGUUGUGAGCAGCUUGAAAUUCCUUUUAUUAAGGACAGUAAAAGUUCAGAACCGCUGGAAUCCUGACCUGCUGGGCCAAUUAGCUGAGUCACGUCAUCUGGCUCCAGUCACCGUCAUUCCUCGAUCAUCUGACUGCGAGGAUCAGUCGCAUCCUUUGUUUCUUCUUCAUACUUCUCGAGCGAAACGAACGGAGAGUUUUGUUGUUUUAUGUCGUGAGUGAGCGUUGAGCUGAACUGGUUUACGCAGUUAGAAACAGGGUGAGUUUGGCAGAUUUGAGCCGUAUUGUGGCUCGUUGUCUGAGCUGAGCUGGUCCUGGAACCUGGACCUGUCACAUGUUCUCCCUCCAUCUGGCCCCGGGUGUAAUUUCAGCUGGCGCUGUGAUGUUUGGAUGUGUUUUUAAGGUUCUCGCUGCAGACGUGGGAGCUUCUCCCAGACGCCGUGCUGACGGGUGACAGGUGACGGCGCCGCCUCCUCCCAUGUAACGCGUGGAGCGCCACCGUCUGCGGCCGCGGCUCCUUGAGGAUGCAGCCGUGGAGGCUGGCUGACGCCUCGGCCUCAGGGACACGGCCCACGUUUUAGUAACGUGGCCUCUGGUCUCUGGAAACGAUUGUGUUUUCAGCCUUGUUCAGGUCUCAGGUUCUGUUGGAACAUGGUUUGUGUGGACAGACUCGCGUCUGGAUGGACUUUGCUUCUUUGACUGGACUCUGCAGAGUGUUCCAGGUUUGGUCUGACGUGUUGUUCUUCAGUGUGUUUCAAAAUUUUGAGUCCAGAUGUUGAAACGCACUCACUUUGUAUUAUUAAUUUUUACUUAUUCAUCCGCUGCUUCCAGGGUUUUCUGUUGUGAUGUUUAUUUUGGUUGGGUCACAUGCAUUUUAUUAUUUGCAUUUGUGUAAAAAUAUUUUUUUAUUGACAAAUGUCCCAAAAGACAACACCUCAGGUGUGUUGAUGUCUCUCUAAGAUGGCACAGUGAAACAGAGGUUCCCACAGGUUUUGUUGAAGUUGGUCAGCUCCCCCCUGUGGUGGCCUUUUACGUAACAAAGGGAGCAGUUCACACCUGAGUUAGGAUGUCAGGUAGACCUUUGACUGCCCUUUAGGUUCAUGGCAUGCUAGUGUAAAAGUACUUGCUGUGUGUAAGAACUUUGUCUUAGGACCUUGGGAGUGUCAGCAGGGGGUCCGUGCGCCCAGCUGGGCCCGAGUUGUGACCACUGCAGCUGUGGCCUGUUCUCAGCAGCAGACGAAACGUUAGUCAAUGAACUGUUCCUGCGUCUAGUCGAUAAUUGAGGCUAAAUGUGUAUUGAUUGAGCUGCUCUGGCCAAACGAGCCUCGUAGACUCGGAUCUGCCAGGACUCAGGUCCAUUUGGCCGUCCUGAGGUGACGCGGCCUCGAGCAGGUUGUGGGACGUGUUUGACCUUUGACCUUCGCAGCGACGCGGUCAGAGCCGCUGGAGGCGGAGCCGGUGAAACAGACCUGUUCUCACUGUAACAGCUGCUGCGUUCCUGUAAAACCCAUUUACAGCAGCUCCAUUCCUGCUGCCUCAACAUGAGAUCAUGCAAAUGAAAUGCAGGAAUCAGAGUUGCAAUAAGGCAGCGCCCUUUGACCCCCCACUGCCUGCUGGUUUACCAUGGACGGCUGCCAUGAGCAGUCUGUUCAAAGCUCACACUGCUGACAAAACAGCUUUCUACGACCGCUGAGCCGCACACGAGCGCUCGAGGAAGACUCGACUGCACCACAACAUGCGUUAGAGGAGCGGGGGGUCCUGACUGGCAGCACGUAGUGGACCUCCACUGUCAUGGCCUCGUCCCCGGAGCCAAUACCUCUGCUUCAGCUGCAGGAGGUGGACUCCAGUAAAGCGCCUGAGAGGCCCGGCUCCCCGGGGCUCCUGCCCUCCGUCUACAGCCCCCCCCCGGGCAUGGACGGCUCCACGGUCUGCAUCCCGUCUCCAUACACGGACGGCGGCCUGGACUACGGACACGGACACGCGCCGCUCAGCUUCUACAGCCCGCCGGUGCUGAGCUACAGCCGGCCUCUGCCUGAGGCGCAGCCGCUCAGCCCCUCGGCCUUCUGGCCGUCCCACCACACCCACAACAACGUGCCUUCGCUGACGCUGCGCUGCCCUCAGCCGCUGGUGUACAAUGAGGCGGGGCCGCACGCUCCCUGGCUGGACACCAAAGGCCACAGCAUCAGCCCCAGCAGCGCCAUCGUGAGCUGUAACAAGCUGCUGCGGAAGCGGCCGGAGGACGGGGUGGAGGCGUCGUCGUGCUCGUCCGCUGCGGGAAAAGCCGACAUGCACUUCUGCGCCGUGUGCCACGACUACGCCUCCGGGUACCACUACGGCGUGUGGUCCUGCGAGGGCUGCAAGGCCUUUUUCAAGAGGAGCAUCCAAGGACACAACGACUACAUCUGUCCUGCCACCAACCAGUGCACCAUCGACAAGAACCGGCGUAAGAGCUGCCAGGCCUGCCGCCUACGCAAAUGCUACGAAGUGGGCAUGAUGAAGUGUGGUGUGAGGCGUGAGCGCUGCAGCUACCGAGGAGCUCGGCACCGGCGUGGCGGACCUCACUCCCGGGACACGUCGGGCAGGGUCCUGGUCCGGGUGGGACCCGGCUCUCGAGCCCAGCGGCACCUGCACCUGCAGGCGCCGCUCGUCCACCUCCCUGACCCGAACCACGUGCACCACACGUCCAUGAGCCCGGAGGAGUUCAUCUCCCGCAUCAUGGAAGCGGAGCCUCCGGAGAUCUACCUCAUGGAGGACAUGAAGAAGCCGUUCACCGAGUCCAGCAUGAUGAUGUCGCUCACCAACCUGGCAGACAAGGAGCUCGUCCUCAUGAUCAGCUGGGCCAAAAAGAUCCCCGGCUUCAUAGAGCUGAGUCUCACAGACCAGAUCCACCUGCUCAAGUGCUGCUGGCUGGAGAUCCUGAUGCUGGGCCUGAUGUGGAGAUCGGUGGACCAUCCUGGGAAGCUCAUCUUCACACCUGACUUCAGGCUCAACAGGGAGGAGGGUCAGUGCGUGGAGGGCAUCAUGGAGAUCUUCGACAUGCUGCUGGCUGCCACCUCCCGCUUUCGUGAGCUGAAGCUUCAGAGGGAGGAGUACGUCUGCCUGAAGGCCAUGAUCCUCCUCAACUCCAAUCUGUGCAGCAGCUCCCCUCAGACGGCUGAGGAGCUGGAGAGCAGGAACAAGCUGCUGCGUCUGCUGGAUUCGGUGAUCGAUGCUCUGGUCUGGGCCAUCUCCAAGCUGGGCCUGUCCACACAGCAGCAGGCUCUGCGUCUGGGCCACCUCACCAUGCUGCUCUCCCACAUCCGCCACGUCAGUAACAAAGGCAUGGACCACCUGUCCACCAUGAAGAGGAAGAACGUGGUGCUGGUGUACGACCUGCUGCUGGAGAUGCUGGACGCCAACACAUCCAGCAGCAGCAGCAGCAGCCAGACGUCGUCCUCGCCGAGCUCCGACUCUUACUCCGACCAACACGCCGCGCCCUCGUCCUUCCAGCCCGACCGGGACCACGCCGGCCUGCCUGCUCACGGGCCUGUGGAAGGACCCCUGCAGCCUCUGGCCCUGCAGACCUCGCCUCCGUCGCAGGCAGAGCACCUGGGCAGCAGCAGUUACAUUCAGUCGGAGUCGUGGUCUCUGGCUGCAGAGGAUGCAGGUCCCUCAGUGGAGCCGACGCACUACAUCAUACCUGAUCGAGUCGUCAUGGAAACUGCCUUAGAGGGGUGACAGGACUUCACAAGCCAAAGUGAGACUGAAUCUGUUCCAUCCCACAAAGACCAACAAAAGGAAACUGAAAAGGAUUUUAAAAAAAAAACAUUAAGUGCUUUUGUGAGGUAAAGUUUUUUUCCUAUUGCUGAUGUUUUUAGUCGAAUACACAUUUUUGAUGGGAUGUUUAUUGUGAACGUAAUAUUUCUCGUGAAUGUGCACUACAGUGGGUGUUCCUGAGAACAGCGCUGAACCUCUGCCAGUCAGUUUGUGCUCUUAUUUUUUGAUAUGCACUAUUUGUAUCUCUUUUUCACAUUGGUGUAAAACCCAGAACAAGCCAUUGACAAACUGGAUAAGGUGCAUGUGUUCGUUGGAAUGUGCUGUUUGUUCUCUGCACUACUACUGUGAGCUUCGGUGUUUCAUUCGGUGCCUAUACUGUACAUCCGGGAUUUUUCUACUCUUUGUACGACGUGUCAGUGGCCUUUUAAAAAACUGACUGUUAAAGUAGCUUCUUCUUUGUUCAUCUGGGUUUUAAGGCUGAAUUUACACUGUAGAUGUGGCACCAGAACAACUGAAAUAAUUCAAACUUCUCUAACACUUUGCUCAAUGUUAAACUGAGUGGAGCAGCAGCCGCCUGAGCCGUAAAUAAAAGGUAGAGUUUAAACGUGCUGCAGAUGGAGUGUGUUGUGUACCACAGGCUUUGGAGCCACAGCUCUGACUCACCUGGCUCCUCAUUAAAGUCAGUGGUCAUGUGUACGUAGCUUCACUCUGUCCUGCUAACGUCGCUAAAUGAUAAAACAUCAUAAUAUACCACCACGUAUUAUUACCACAUACUUUAAUACUGUAUGAAGGAACACAUGUCUGUAGUUUUGUGUUUUAGCGGCUCAUUAGCCACACGAUGACAUCAUGAGCAUCCUUUGCUAUAAUACGUCUUCCUCUACUAAUGACAGACGUGUCCGUCCACAUCAGCUCAGAGUUCUUUACUUCCUGUUUCACGGUGAACUGUUGUUGCUUCGAUUCCUGAAACGUGAAAAUGUGUUUUACAACUGUUUGCUGCUGUUCCUUUGAAACAUUUACACACGGUUAUGGAACUUAACGCUCCACUCGCUUUGUAACUUGGCCACAUAACUAAAUGCUUCAGUAUCUCGGUUAAGCUGCUUCAAACGCACCGUGAAGAUGUGGUUCAGAUGUUGAGCAGUGUCACGAGUUUAACUUCAGCCUUGGGCCCAGAUUGUUCCACCACUCUCUUUAGUUUCCUGGUGUCUGUGGAUUGUAUGUGCAUGAACACACUCAGCUCUCAGCCACAUUCUUACUUUAACACAUCCAACAGUCAAUUAUGUCAAACACAGUUUAUUGUUACAACCUACAGAUCACAUCCCAUAAAUAAGAGUUGACAAAAUAAAUCAAACUUGACACAC